CGGUACGUUUAAAAUAUGGUCUAAAUUCUGUAGGGAUAAUACGUGGCGCUGAUUGUACUAUGGGAUUGAGAUCUGAAGUUAGACACUAUCUGAAACUAGCUUCAGAUUCUAAAAACUAACGAAAACAGAAUAUUAUGUAGGUGGUGAAAAGAAUUAAACAACGUUUAAAAAUAUUAAAAAAAUAGUAAAAAAAGAAUACAAAAAAUCAUGGUGAAACUUGUUGUAUUUCUGGAUGUAUAAGUGGUUCUUUAAAAGAUAGUGGAAUUCGUUCAUCUCAAAAUAUAAAACAAGCAAGUCUGUUUGGAAUACCAAAGGUAAGUCAUGUUUGAAUUGUUUGAAUUAUUUAUCCAUGUUCCCAAAAUAUUUGUUGAUUAACAUUGAUUUCUCAUUAAAUUUGAAAAAUAAUAAGUAACACAGUGACGUUAAUUCAAAAUCAUUAAAUUUAUUUCAUAGGACGCUACGCUGCUAGCACAAUGGUCUUCUAUUUUGAACAUGACUUUAACGAAACAUCAUUGUAUCUGCGAUUAUCAUUUUAAAGAAGAAGAUAUUGUGAAAUCGCGGAAGAUUGAUUAUUCAAGUGGAAUAAUCAAAGAAUAUGAAUUGAAACGAUGGACCCUAUUGCCAAAUGCUGUACCAGUUAACCUACAGCCAAGACAAUAUGAUAUUGAAGUAAAGUUUUAUAGAAAAUUUCAUUGACUUUCAAAGAUAUUACAAACUUUGUACUAACUUUAAAUGUAGCUUUCAGAAAAUCAAGAAAACCUGCACUAUCAAACGGUUAAAAUAAUAAAUGACGAUAAAUUUUCAAAGAAGCCAACCAUCAAUGUGCGAAAGCCUUUUCAACAGUUGGACAAUCGUAUUAACAUUAGAAAAAAACCAGCGUCAACAUCAAUCGAAAAGAUCUCGCCUUCGCUGAUAAAAAUCCGAAAAACUGCAAGUUCUGACGAUAAAUAUCCACAAUUUAUUUCACAUAAAACAUCAUUAAAUAGUAUACCUGAUCAACCAGUAGACAAGAUGCAAAUUGCUGUGAACAAUGUAGAGACAAGAUUUGAUGCAGAACAAGUUUUUUUAAAUGAAAUCGAUUCAAACAAUGUUAGUUAAAGCUUGAUGUAUGAGUAGGUUCAUGAUUGAAGUAUAUACCAAAAUUUUCUACAGAUCCUUAAUUUUUUUCCAGACUCCUAGGAAUAUUAAGGAAUUGUUGGACUCUUUUUUGAGUGUGAUGCCUGAGUAUUGGUAUUAUAUACUUUAUGAUAACCAAUUAGUACUUGUUUAUACUGAUCCCUUUAGGGAAACCGAAAAAUUUCACGUUUUUAUACAAGAUGAUUUUUCAGUAAUGGUUUUAUUCAAGAAGAAAAGACAACUCAGCUUAAACUUGAAAGUUACUACUUCUGCAGAUCUUUCUAAGCUUCUUGAAGAAGUGAAGCGAACACCCGUUUGUGAAGGAACAGGAAUUGAAGAAACGAGCGUCUCUGGAAAUUGUCCCGGUCUCAUUCUGAACAAUUAUAAACGGCUACCACGGAAUCCGAGAUGUUUUGCAUGCCGCACUCUUCGUGAUCGACUCUUCACUAAAGCAGCUACACAGCGUACUGCUGCAAAAAUACAAAUCUCAAAUAACACUGAAACGACUUAAAAACAAAUGUAAUCGCUUACAGAAAAAGGCUAUAACAGAUUUUUUGGUAGAAUGGGAGUCUGGUAUGGAAAUUUUAGGCGAUUCUAUGCCUUUUUCUGAAAGUACAUUAGUGGGUUUUAAAGUAACACUAGCUUCAACACUUGAAAUAACUGAUAUGAUGCAUAAUGAAUGUGGCUUUGAGUACUUUAUGACAUCUCGUCUAUCACAGGAUUAUCUAGAGCAACUUUUUUCAAUAAUGAGGUACAGCUGUGGAUCUAACGAGCACCCAGACGCGAAAUUGUUUUUGCAAGUUUUCAGAUUAUUCUGUCUGUUUUCGCUAAUUCGACCACCUAAAGGUAGCAAUGUGACCGGGGUUGAAUUGCUUCAAAGUUUUAUUCAGAAUAAAGACACUAUAAAAGCUUCAAAAAAAACUCAUGAAGAGUGGAUUCUUAAACUCUAUGAAGCUUUGGAAAAUUGUGCUUUGCCAGGUGACCAGGUUCUUUUGUAUGGAAAUGAACAGGGUCAAAAAGAAGCAAGUGAUAAUGAUAACUCCAAAGAUUUGAACCAAAUUAAUUUACCUAAGACUGUUCGAGAGAAUGAAGACAAGCUCAUAGAUCAUGACUAUAAUGUAACUUAUACUAGUGAACAAGUAUUAGCAUAUUUGGCUGGCUAUGUGUCCCGUAAAAUGAAAAAAAAAUACGAAUUCUGCAAAAAUUGUUUUGAUUCUUUAUCUUCGGCUGGAUCGGUAGAAGAGAAUCAACAAAAUGAAUUAAUCAACGAACUGUCCUUGUAUGGCGGCCUAGCAUAUCCCAGUCAGGGAUUGUUUGAAUUAACUCGCCGGUUAGAAAAUACAGUUUUGGAUGUUGUUGGGAAAAAGGGAAUUGAAGGGAAUACUAUACAAAUGAUUUUUGAUCGAAUUACUCAAAUUCAAUUGCCCAAAAUUGGUUGCCACGAACAUUCUCUAUUGUUAACAAGAGAGAUUAUUAUUUAUCAUUUAACCAUGAGAGGACAUUUCUUGGCCAAAACAUUGAACAAGGAGUAUAUAGGGAAAAAAAAUAAAAGUAAAAUGUAUAAGAAAUUAUCAAGAUUGUGA